AUGAUGACGCUGCUGGGACUAUUGUGGUCACUGCCGGUCCCGGAGGCGCUUGGAGGUCACAGUACGCUGCUGAACUGGUCCAGUCUGCUGAUUCUGGUCUCGAUGUUCUUUUAUCUGAGUCUGUCACUGCCGCUGGCCAUUGGCAUGGGACUCAUCACCAUUGGUAUGCUGGCGUGUUUUGGCCCGCUGGAAUCCGUGCGCAGCGGGCUGGUGUGGCAGCUGUCGGUGGCGGUGUUUGUCCUUGCCUGGAUCGUGCAGUUCAUUGGACACAAAAUCGAAGGAAGUGCCCAGGCGACUUCAUCGUCGUGGCUGUAUCGCCAGACGAUCGUUUGUUGCCGUGCGCUGGUCAUCUUUGGCAUGGCAUUGACUGCCAUGCUGUGCGGCCCAACCGCCUGCAGUGUGGCUCAGGAACAGUCCGCAUCCGCCACCCCCGAUGACAUCGCCUUUUUCGAAGCACGCAUUCGUCCGGUCCUCGUUCGACACUGCUACGAAUGCCAUUCAUCGGCGACUGCUGAACCGGGCGGAAGUCUGCUGCUGGAUUUUCGAGGCGGUGUGCUGAACGGUGGUGAUUCGGGAGCAGCUGUCGUUGCGGGCGACCCGGAUUCCAGUCUGCUGCUGGAAGCACUGCGAUUCGAAUCCCUGGAAAUGCCACCCACCGGUCGCCUGCCGGACCACGUCAUUCGCGACUUCGAAGAAUGGAUCCGCCGAGGCCUGCCGGACCCGCGCGCGACCGCUCCUUCACCCACCGAAGCGGCGGAGGCCGCCUGGACGGUACAGCUGGAAGAACGACGCAGCUGGUGGAGUCUGCAGCCGCUGGCCUCAGUCGAACCACCCGUUGUGGCUGAUGACGACUGGUCUGCGACCCCUGUCGACCGCUUCGUACUGGACAGCCUGCAGCAGUCCGGCCUGACGCCGGCUCCACCCGCCGACGCCGAAACACUGCUGCGCCGGAUGUCUCUGAUCCUCACCGGCCUCCCCCCGGAACCUCAGCGUGUUCUGGAGUUUCCUCAGCAGUAUGCGGCCGGCCCGGAAGCGGCGCUGAACGAACUGGUGACGUCACUGCUGAACUCACCACACUUCGGGGAACGGUUCGCUCGUCACUGGAUGGACGUCGUGCGCUACACGGACACCUAUGGCUACGAAUGGGACAACCCGGCGCGAGGUUCCUGGGAAUACCGAGACUAUCUGAUUCGCGCAUUCAACGAAGACGUGGGAUUUGAUCAGCUGAUUCGGGAACAGCUGGCCGGCGACCUGCUGCCGGAACCUCGCAUCAGUGAACAGGAAGGUGUCAACGAAAGUCUGAUUGGUCCGAUGUUCUUUCACCUGGGAGAACAUCGCCAUGGCAGCAGCCUGGAUUUUAAUGGCAUCCACCAGGACAUGAUCGACAACAAGAUUGAUGCGUUUUCCAAAGCCUUUCUGGGGAUGACGGUCGCCUGUGCCCGCUGCCAUGACCACAAGCUGGAUGCGAUUUCGCAG